AUGGCAGCCAGUGAGCCAGGCUUCAUGGUGUCUGUGACGGGCCAGAUUGAGUCAGAGAGCCUGGCUGACUUUGAUGAUGUCUACUGCCGCUACUCCUUCAACCAUGGCCCCGACUGGGAGAUGGUGGCGGUACGUGAAGAUGUUGGUUGUGUUCUAUGCCUCAGCCAGGUCUGGACGGGUAUCUCGCAGAUCAGCAAGCGCAGCCAGAACGAGCGCCAGCUGCUGGUCUGGAACCUGCCCGUCGAAGUGUCGUUCAAGUCCACCAACCCGCACGGCUGGCCGCAGCUGAUCGUCAGCGGUUACGGGCCGGACCUGUUCGGCAAUGACGUCAUUCGUGGCUACGGCGUGUGUCAUGUGCCGGUCUGCUCUGGCAGCCACCGGGUCAGGAUGGCCGUGUUCGUACCGGAGUCGACCUCACAGCUGCAGAAGCUGGCUUCCUGGUUCACUGGCCGCCGACCGGAGCUGGCCGACCCGGUCACGCUGGCGCUCGGCGAGGGCAGGGAGGUGAUGCGGGUCCGGUCGCAGGGCGUGGUCACCUGCCGGCUGCAGGUGCUCACCAAGGACCUGCGGCGGCUGGGCUAUGUCAGCGGGCGUCAGCCGGAG